UAUUUUGAUUGAUUUCAUUUCUUUUUUCUUUUUUCUUAUCAAUUUCAAUUCUCAUUCUUUUUGAUAGAUUUCUUCUUUUGUGAUGUUGCUGUAAUAUGUAUAAUAUGAAAAUUUAUCCUAUCAAAUCAUUAUCUUCUUUGUUAUCCUAUCUCUAUCUAGCUUCAUAUCAUAUCAUGAUCAUCAAACGGACCCUCAGAGUCUAGAAACUGUUUUAUUAUCUUAUUUGUUAUCCUAUCUCUAUCUAGCUUCAUAUCAUGUCAUAUCAUGAUCAUCAAACGAACCCUCAGAGUCUAGAAACUGUUUUAGUUCUUUCUUUUUAAAUAAUUAGAAGCAUGGUUGGUUUCUUUUAGAAUUAUAAGAACAUUUUUGUAUAGUUGAAUCCUAACAUUGUUCUGUAAUAUUUUCCUCUUGCAGCUGAUACAACCUCAAUUAAGGACCCCAACUCUGUUCUUUACUCCCCUGGACUGUGUACAAAAAAACUUUUAUAUGAAAUGAUAUUUUCCCAAUAGUUUUUUAUUUUUUUGUGAAGAAGUUUGCUAAUAGAAAAUUAAUUCUGCCUUAUCAUUUAAAUCUGAAAAGUUUAAUUAUCCUCUUGCAUGUGUUUUAAGGAACCAUCAAUCUCUAAACUCUACUCACAUGGAUGAACAUGAUUGGUGAUCAAGAAAUUAAAAUAUUAGUAUUCAAUUUGUCCACUUCUUAUCACAUUGUUAUUUUGGUCAGCCAAUCAUGCCCCUUAAUCAAUGUUUAAAACUAAACCGGAUGGUUCAACUAGUUGAAUUGGGAAUCGGUUUAUUUUAUAAUCGGUUUGAUCCUUGUUGUAUUACAGUCUGGUUGAAUCAAAUUGAACAAAGGUAAAUCGAUUCAACUGUAGUUAGUUCAACCAAUUUUUAUUUUUAUCAUAUUUUUUGAACGUUUUAUUACUCUUUAUUUAUUUGUCUAAUAGUUUAAUCGUAGUUGAACCAAUCGAGUCAAGAUCUGAAUGUCUCACUGAUUCAAUUUCCAGUCCGGUUUUAUUUUUUUAAACAUUAUUUAAUGUGGUUGCAAAUUAGUAAUCUAUAUAAUAGCUAGCUAGAUUUUUUAUGCAUAUAUAUAAGCUCACACUCCUUAAUUUCAUUCUCACAUUCCCACACAUUCCACACUUUUCACCCUCUUUCUUUUGAGUCCUUCAUAACAAAAUCAACACAAUGAGCAAACCAAGUUCUUCAUUGGUUCAUCUAUCCAUUCUCAUUGUCACUCUCUUUGUGGCUGAAAUCCAUGGAAGCAAACAAAUUAAAGCUCUUAACAAAUUACAAAAGUCCAAAUACAGUACAAACUCACAAAUUGAUACAAGUCACUUUAAGAUACAUGAGAAUAUUGCCCUUGAUCCAAUGGUUCAUUCUCAAGAUGGUAUGAAAGAGAAAGACAAAAUUGAGAAGCUACCAGGUCAACCAAAUGUGAAAUUCUCUCAAUAUGGAGGGUAUGUUACAAUUGACAAAAUAGCAGGAAGUGCUUUUUACUAUUACUUUGUGGAAGCUCAUCAUUCUAAAGAAACAUUGCCUCUUCUUCUUUGGCUCAAUGGAGGUCCUGGAUGCUCAUCUCUUGCCUAUGGAGCAAUGCAAGAAGUUGGACCCUUCCGUGUGAACAGUGAUGGGAAAACCCUUUACAAAAAUAAUUAUUCAUGGAACUAUGCUGCAAAUGUAUUGUUCCUUGAGUCACCAGCUGGGGUAGGGUUUUCAUACUCAAAUAAAUCAUCUGAUUAUGAUACCAGUGGAGAUAGAAGAACUGCUGCAGAUAACUAUAUUUUUUUGAUGAAUUGGUUAGAGAGAUUUCCUGAAUAUAAGAAUAGAGAUUUCUACAUUGCUGGAGAAAGUUAUGCUGGUCAUUAUGUUCCUCAACUUGCACACAAUAUUCUCCACCAUAAUAAAAAGGCUAAUAGGACAAUUAUCAACCUCAAAGGAAUUAUGAUUGGGAAUGCAGUGAUCAAUGAUGACACAGAUGAGCAAGGAAUGUAUGAUUUUCUUGCUACUCAUGCAAUCAUAUCAGACCAAACAGCAUAUAAUAUCAAGAAAUUUUGUAAUUUCUCAUCAACUUCCAAUCAAACUACUGAGUGCAGUGAUGCAGCAAGUGAAGUUGAUAAGAACACAUUGUUUCUUGAUAUAUACAACAUCUAUGCUCCAGUCUGCACUAAUCACAGCCUCACUAACCGUCCCAAGAAGGUCUCGGAUGUUCUUGAUCCAUGCAGUGACGAUUAUAUACAAGCAUAUUUCAACCGGGGUGAUGUUCAGGAGGCCCUCCAUGCCAAUGUCACGAAGCUCGAGCAUGACUGGGAAGCCUGCAGUACUAUCAUUUCAAACUGGGGGGAUAGUCCUACAACAAUCAUUCCCCUUUUACAUGAGCUCCUAAAUAAUGGAUUAAGGGUUUGGAUUUUUAGUGGUGAUAUAGAUGGAAGGGUGCCUGUUACUGGAACAAAAUAUUCCCUUAAAAAGAUGAAGCUUCCCAUUGAGACAACUUGGUAUCCUUGGUUCAUAAAGGGAGAGAUUGGUGGCUAUGCUGAAGUAUACAAGGGAGGUCUAACUUUUGCCACAGUGAGAGAAGCAGGACAUCAAGUGCCAAGUUAUCAACCAGCAAGAGCCCUCUCUCUAAUUAUGCAUUUCUUAAAUGGCACUCCUCUUCCUAUUACUCAAAGAUUAUAUAACUAAUUUACUUUAAUCAUGUUAGAAUAAUUAUUCUAUUGGCUUAGUUGUUGAAUUAUAUAUAUUGUUAAAGAAAGAAAAUCCAUUUAUUGUGUGAUUUUGAUUCCAA